AUGACUAUCUCACCUUCACUCCAAGCUGCUGCUCGUUCGGCCUAUCGCUCAUUAUAUCGUGCUUCGGCAGCUACAUUCUCUGGGGAUGAACGAGUGCUCAGAGCGUUUCGGGAUAAGAUGCGUCAUGAUACGCUAGCUGGGAGGUCACAGACGGAUACCCAACUCUAUGAGCAAAAUGUCACUCUGGCUCGGGAAGUCGCGGAUGUGCUUCGGAAAAACAUCGUGCAAGCUCAGAAGAUAGCUGAGCCGUCCACAGUGAACGGGCAGGAGACCUGGAAACUCCGUCUAACAAAAGACACUGAGCUGGCGGACAAUGAUUCCAUCAAAAGUCCGGAGCCCAUACCAGAGUUGUCUAGUCGCAGUCAGAGGAAGAGAGAACAAGUGCAGAACCCAUCGUCUUCUCCCGAUUCCUCAGCAUCCACAGUUCCACGGUUCUAUUCACAGCUCAAGAAAGCUCACAAACAACGCAAUGUGCCUGACUUGAAAGAGGACGAUCUAGAGGAGUCGUUUGUCCGAGGUGCGCGUCGCCUGCUUUGUAGUGGUCCCGGCGGACAAUCUGUUAAUAAGACCGAGAACAAUGUUCAGCUCCUGCAUAAGCCCACUGGGAUUCGCGUCUCCUGCCAGGAAACACGUUCCUUGGAACUCAAUCGCAUGUUUGCGCGGCGAAUUCUAUUAGAUAAACUGGACAAGAUUCAUAAUCCUGGGCUGUCGAAAAGUGAGUUGCAGAAGGCCAAGCAGAUUGAAAGAGAGCGUCGUAGACGGAAGAAAGCAAAGAAACAGGCUAUGGAGAAGGAGACGGGAGUUGAUAGAGAUGAUAAAGCCUAG